AGUUAAAGCAUAAAUGGAUUCUGGCUAUUAUUAUUAUUGCGAUUCUUCUUGUGAUUAUAGCAAUAUGUGUUGUUAUUUGGGCUUGGAAGAAUAUGCAGAAGAUGAAAAAAAAAGCCCAAAUGGACACAACAACAACAACAACAGGCGGUCUUUAUCAACAGCAAGAAAAGACAAUGCAGAGUUCUAUUUUAAGCACUCCAGAUGCAAUGAUGAUCGCCGAUACCUUUCGUCAAGUGAUGUCCACUAGCGAUUUAGAUCAAUCUAGGAAUCAGGUUGGCAAGGAUUUACUCAAUAGGCAGCUCAUGUCAGAAGGAACUUUACUGUCUCAAGUAGAACGAAGAACUUCCUCUACUAAAUAAAUUAAUUAAUACAUCAUUAUCCCCCUUAUCUUACUCCUCUAUCCCUCUCUCCUUCCUUUCCUUAUCUAACCAAGCAGCUAAUAUCAGGCAUAAAGGGUUAUGCGAACUCACUAAAUUUACAUGUCGCACCCAGUGGCUCUAUUUCCAUCCCCAUCCUCCAAUGUCUACUUUAAUAUCCUCUCAACUCGAUUAAACUCGUGACACUUUCGAGUGUAUUAUCUAUAAUGAUGUAAAAAUUUCUCAUUUCAUCAAACUUGUCCAUCCAAAUCGGCGUCUUCGAAACAAUCUCACAAAGUACCCCUUAGACAGUUCCACCC